GUACUUCCCCGCUCCGGUCAUUCGAACUUGGACUCGGUGACAAUGGAGGCCUACUCAACGUACCAGACACCGCUCUCGUCGCGGUACGCGUCGAAGGAGAUGGCGCACCUUUUCUCCCCCGCUAUGCGCUUCUCGACAUGGCGCAAGCUCUGGCUGUAUCUUGCCACCGCGGAGAAGGAGCUCGGGCUCCCCAUCCCGGACGACGCCAUCGAGCAGAUGAAGGCGAACCUGGACCUUACGCCGGAGCAGUUUGACGUUGCCGCGCAGGAGGAGAAGAAGCGUCGGCACGACGUGAUGGCGCAUGUGCAUACUUUCGGGACGGUCGCCCCCGCGGCGGCGGGGAUCAUCCACUUGGGUGCCACGUCGUGCUAUGUGACGGACAAUGCGGACUUGAUUUUUCUCAAGGACGGCUUGACGCUCCUCAUUCGCUCACUGGUCGUCUUGAUCGAACGUCUGUCUACGUUUGCGGAGGCGAACAAGUCUCUCCCUACCCUUGGAUUCACGCACUUCCAGCCUGCGCAGCUCACUACGGUGGGCAAGCGCGCUACGUUGUGGAUCCAGGACCUGCUCGCAGACCUUCGCAACCUCCGCCGCGCGCGCUCUGACCUGGGCUUCCGCGGUGCCAAAGGCACGACCGGUACUCAGGCUAGCUUCCUCGCCCUCUUUGACGGAGAUCACGAGAAGGUCAAGGCCCUUGAUCGUCGUGUCACUGAACUUGCCGGCUUCGAAUACGCGUACCCUGUAGCUAGCCAAACAUACUCUCGCAAAGUCGAUGCCGAUGUCCUCGCUGCCCUUGCCUCCCUCGGCGCGACCGCGCACAAGAUCGGCACGGACCUACGACUGCUGGCGAACUUGAAGGAGGUUGAGGAGCCCUUCGAGGCGAACCAGAUCGGCAGCUCCGCCAUGGCGUACAAGCGCAACCCGAUGCGCAGUGAGCGCGUUUGCAGUCUCGCUCGCCACCUCAUGGUCCUCCACCAAGACGCGCUCGCGACCGCAUCCGUGCAAUGGUUCGAGCGCACGCUCGACGACAGCGCUAACCGCCGCAUCGCGCUCCCCGAGGCCUUCCUCACCGCGGACAUCGUCCUCAGCACCCUCCGCAACGUCUCCGAGGGCCUCGUCGUCUACCCCGAGGUCAUCAAGCGCCGCAUCGCGCAGGAGCUGCCGUUCAUGGCGACCGAGAACGUCAUCAUGGCGCUCGUGAAGACGGGCGGCGACCGACAGCAGGCGCACGAGGCGAUCCGCGUGCACUCGCAGGCGGCGGCGCGCGAGGUGAAGGUGCACGGGCGGGAGAACGACCUGAUCUCGAGGAUCAAGGAGGACGCGUAUUUCGAUCCUAUCAAGGACCAGCUUGAUUCGCUCCUCGAGCCUUCGAGCUUCAUCGGCCGCGCGCCCGAGCAGGUCACGGAGUUCCUCCAAGAGUGGGUCAAACCCGCGCUCGAGGACAAGGAGGCGCAGGAGGCGAUCGCGGGGAGCGCGCGUGUAGAGCUGAGCGUGUAAACGCUUAAGGCGCCUGGUGAACCGUGGCCGCUCGGCGAUAGGGUGGCGAAGAAUCAUGCGCCGCGACGAAGGCGCGGGACAAGAAUCAAGACGAAUGUAUGCUUGUAUUUUUUAUCUGUAAUAUGAACUGCGCGUCGAAUAUGCAUGUGGCUUGUGAGAGAGAACAGAAAGAUCGGUUUGCCAUGCAGGUCGUUGCUUUCGCCGAGGCUGGAAAUGAGACGAUGGGGAAUCCCUUGAGCGCUCUUUCAUCAGGAUAUCCAUGCAAUUUUACCCUACGUAUAUUCCGAGUCAUAGCCAAAGGAAGCGAUCUGUAUAGUGAAGCAUAUGGUGUCUAUAAAGU